AUGAUGGCAACCAUGGGAUACAUCACUCCAGAAGUCAUUGGCAAGCUGCCUGGCUUUUUGUCCCCAUCAGCAGGCUUGAAGUUCGCCGACAUUCCCAAUGGACUUGCGGCAAUCGCCAAGGUGCCAGUGGCAGGAUGGGCGCAAAUCGCAGCCUACUUUGGCUUUGUCGAGUUCAGCAGUGGCUUCGAUGAUUACAAGACUGGCACUCCUGGUGACUAUGGCUUCAAAGUCUUGACUUCCUCAGACCCUGAGGAGAAAACCAAGAAGCUUUCAGCAGAGCUGGCCAAUGGCCGACUGGCCAUGAUGGCAAUCAUCGGCAUGUUCUUUCAGGAUGGUCUGACCGGAAGCGCCUGGGGUGACUGGGCCAACUACACAGCAUCUCCUUUGCGUGCAUUCGAGAAUGAACUCGGCGUGCAGGCGCCCGUGGGUUUCUGGGAUCCGGCUGGAUUUACCGCCGACGGAAGCGUGGAGGACUUCAAGCGACGUCGCGCCACCGAGAUCAAGCAUGGUCGCAUUUCGAUGUUGGCCACCAUGGGAUACAUCACCCCAGAGAUCACUGGCAAAUUCCCUGGCUACUUAUCUCCAUCAGCGGGUUUGAAGUUCGCCGAUGUGCCUAAUGGCUUGGCUGCCAUCUCAAAGGUCCCAGCCACAGGAUGGGGUCAGAUCUUGGCCUACAUGGCUUUCUGCGAGGUCUCCCAGGAACAGACCCCAGGAAGUGCUGCGUAUGCUGGAGACUUUGGAUUCAAGGUGUUGACCUCUUCUGACCCGGCUGAGAAGACCAAAAAGCUUAAUGCCGAAAUCGCUAACGGAAGACUUGCGAUGAUGGCCAUCAUCGGCAUGUUUUUCCAGGAUGGUCUGACCGGAAGCGCCUGGGGAGACUGGGCCAACUACACGGCAUCUCCUUUGCGCGCAUUCGAGAAUGAACUCGGCGUGCAGGCGCCCGUGGGUUUCUGGGAUCCCGCCGGAUUUACCGCCGACGGAAGCGUGGAGGACUUCAAGCGACGUCGCGCCACCGAGAUCAAGCAUGGUCGCAUUUCGAUGUUGGCUACCAUGGGAUACAUCACUCCAGAGAUCACUGGCAAAUUCCCUGGCUACUUAUCUCCAUCCGCCGGUUUGAAGUUCGCUGAUGUGCCUAAUGGUUUGGCUGCCAUCUCAAAGGUCCCAGCCGCAGGAUGGGGUCAGAUCUUGGCCUACAUGGCUUUCUGCGAGGUCUCCCAGGAACAGACCCCAGGAAGUGCUGCGUAUGCUGGAGACUUUGGAUUCAAGGUGUUGACCUCUUCUGACCCGGCUGAGAAGACCAAAAAACUUAAUGCCGAAAUCGCUAAUGGAAGACUUGCGAUGAUGGCCAUCAUCGGCAUGUUUUUCCAGGAUGGUCUGACCGGAAGCGCCUGGGGAGACUGGGCCAACUACACAGCAUCUCCUUUGCGCGCAUUCGAGAAUGAACUCGGCGUGCAGGCGCCCGUAGGUUUCUGGGAUCCCGCCGGAUUUACCGCCGACGGAAGCGUGGAGGACUUCAAGCGACGUCGCGCCACCGAGAUCAAGCAUGGUCGCAUUUCGAUGUUGGCCACCAUGGGAUACAUCACUCCAGAGAUCACUGGCAAAUUCCCUGGCUACUUAUCUCCAUCCGCCGGUUUGAAGUUCGCCGAUGUGCCUAAUGGUUUGGCUGCCAUCUCAAAGGUCCCAGCCGCAGGAUGGGGUCAGAUCUUGGCCUACAUGGCUUUCUGCGAGGUCUCCCAGGAACAGACCCCAGGAAGUGCUGCGUAUGCUGGAGACUUUGGAUUCAAGGUGUUGACCUCUUCUGACCCGGCUGAGAAAACCAAAAAGCUUAAUGCCGAAAUCGCUAACGGAAGACUUGCGAUGAUGGCCAUCAUCGGCAUGUUUUUCCAGGAUGGUCUGACCGGAAGCGCCUGGGGAGACUGGGCCAACUACACGGCAUCUCCUUUGCGCGCAUUCGAGAAUGAACUCGGUGUGCAGGAGAUCACUGGCAAAUUCCCUGGCUACUUAUCUCCAUCCGCCGGUUUGAAGUUCGCCGAUGUGCCCAAUGGUUUGGCUGCCAUCUCAAAGGUCCCAGCCGCAGGAUGGGGUCAGAUCUUGGCCUACAUGGCUUUCUGCGAGGUCUCCCAGGAACAGACCCCAGGAAGUGCUGCUUAUGCUGGAGACUUUGGAUUCAAGGUGUUGACCUCUUCUGACCCGGCUGAGAAAACCAAAAAGCUUAAUGCCGAAAUCGCUAACGGAAGACUUGCGAUGAUGGCCAUCAUCGGCAUGUUUUUCCAGGAUGGUCUGACCGGAAGCGCCUGGGGAGACUGGGCCAACUACACGGCAUCUCCUUUGCGCGCAUUCGAGAAUGAACUCGGUGUGCAGGCGCCCGUGGGCUUCUGGGAUCCCGCCGGAUUUACCGCCGACGGAAGCGUGGAGGACUUCAAGCGACGUCGCGCCACCGAGAUCAAGCAUGGUCGCAUUUCGAUGUUGGCCACCAUGGGAUACAUCACUCCAGAGAUCACUGGCAAAUUCCCUGGCUACUUAUCUCCAUCCGCCGGUUUGAAGUUCGCCGAUGUGCCUAAUGGUUUGGCUGCCAUCUCAAAGGUCCCAGCCGCAGGAUGGGGUCAGAUCUUGGCCUACAUGGCUUUCUGCGAGGUCUCCCAGGAACAGACCCCAGGAAGUGCUGCGUAUGCUGGAGACUUUGGAUUCAAGGUGUUGACCUCUUCUGACCCGGCUGAGAAAACCAAAAAGCUUAAUGCCGAAAUCGCUAACGGAAGACUUGCGAUGAUGGCCAUCAUCGGCAUGUUUUUCCAGGAUGGUCUGACCGGAAGCGCCUGGGGAGACUGGGCCAACUACACGGCAUCUCCUUUGCGCGCAUUCGAGAAUGAACUCGGUGUGCAGGCGCCCGUGGGCUUCUGGGAUCCCGCCGGAUUUACCGCCGACGGAAGCGUGGAGGACUUCAAGCGACGUCGCGCCACCGAGAUCAAGCAUGGUCGCAUUUCGAUGUUGGCUACCAUGGGAUACAUCACUCCAGAGAUCACUGGCAAAUUCCCUGGCUACUUAUCUCCAUCCGCCGGUUUGAAGUUCGCCGAUGUGCCUAAUGGUUUGGCUGCCAUCUCAAAGGUCCCAGCCGCAGGAUGGGGUCAGAUCUUGGCCUACAUGGCUUUCUGCGAGGUCUCCCAGGAACAGACCCCAGGAAGUGCUGCGUAUGCUGGAGACUUUGGAUUCAAGGUGUUGACCUCUUCUGACCCGGCUGAAAAGACCAAAAAGCUUAAUGCCGAAAUCGCUAACGGAAGACUUGCGAUGAUGGCCAUCAUCGGCAUGUUUUUCCAGGAUGGUCUGACCGGAAGCGCCUGGGGAGACUGGGCCAACUACACAGCAUCUCCUUUGCGUGCCGAGUCCGCUUAG